AUGUCAAAUGUCAAACUGACGCAAGGCAACGUAAAUAAUAAAAAUUUUCAAAAAAUGAAGCGAAAAUCCGAGUUUUUGAAAGAUCAACAUGGAUCUUUAAUAUGCACUAACUGCCCGUUUGAAGCAAAGAACAAUACGGAAUUAAAAAAUCAUCAAAUAAUACACAGUGCAAGCAAGUCGUUGAAAUUGGAUUGGUACAAAUGCCCUUCAUGCCCAUACCAGACAAGAAGAAGAUCAGAUUUACCAAAGCAUUUGCUUGUACAUAACAAUAAUGUGAUUAAGUACAAAUGUUCUGAGUGCUCAUAUGAAACUAAGCGGAAAGCUGAUAUGCCAAAACACAUGUUAACACAUUGCGAUAUUGGCGUAGAAAGAUAUCAUUGUCCGCAUUGCCCAUACCAAACCAAAAGAAAAAACGAUCUUCCAAAACACCUGCUGUGCCAUCAAAGUCAGGAAGAAGUUGAGUACUUCCAUUGCACCGAAUGUGAUUAUAGUACAAGAAGAAAAGGAGAUUUGACAAAACACGUUUUAAAACACCAGGACAACAAUCCAACUAACUCCUUCUAUUGCUCGGAAUGCGAUUAUUUUACCAAAAGAAAAAACGAUUUAGUUAAACACAUGAUCAUUCAUUGCGAUAAAUUAGUUUCCGGAGUUUUUAAAUGCACAAAGUGUACUUUUAAUACUGAUAGGGUCAAUAAAUUUUCAAAACACCUUUUGGCUCAUUGCUGUUAUGGAGAAGACGCCAACGAGUACAAUAGAAAUGAAAUUAAUUAGUCAAAGUAUUUUUACAAUAGAUUUCUACAAAAGUGAUUAUGCUGGUCAAAUGUAGGUAUGUAGUAAAUAAUUAUAGAUUUAGUUAAUUCUAUAUAUUAUGUAAUAUCUUUGAAGAAAUCCAAUUUUAUUUGUUAUAUGUGAUUGCAAUGAUUGCAAUGCAAUCACAUAUAAAAUAAGUGUAAAGUUUGUUUUAUUAGUUUAUUUACUUACUGCUCCUUAUACCACAAUUAUUCUAUCUAUUAGAAGUUUUAUGUCACAAAAAAACAAAAAACAAAAAUACAGAAAACAAAAGUCCACCAGUAAAUAAAUUGAAUGUUAAAACUCCAAAGGCAAAAUUUUUUGUGUUAAUAAAAUAAGGA